CAGUGCAUUAAUAAUAAUCUUUACAUAGUUAAUUAAUAAUGUUUUAUUACCGAAAAUUUUAGUGAAAUCUUUUGCGCAUUCAAAGUGAAAUCAUAGAAUCAUUUAACAUGGAUUCUCUAAAGUUAGAGCCUUGUAUAACAUUGCCUUUAGAUGAUAAAACUCUUAUAGAAAUUAUUGACAAAGCUAAAGAUUGGGCUAUAAUGCAUGGAGCUUCUAUGAGAUCUAAACUACAAUUCUCUAAAGAUACCAUUCAGUUUGCUCCGUUUGUGCUAACACCUUCUACAUUCCCGAGAGCUGAAUUUGAAAAGGCAGUACAGCUUCAACCCAUACUAAACGAACUUAUACAUCGGGCUGCACAUGAUCAUGAAUUUCUAUCGCAAUCUCUAGUUACUACUUUUGAUGGAGAUCCAUUUACUGCCAGGCUUUUCCAACUUUAUGAGGAAGUUAGAAGUGAGGGUGUAGCUCAGCGUAUAUCACUGGGCUUGCUCCGUUGUGAUCUUAUGCUGGAAUCACUUUGCUGUGGAAAGUCUGAGACUUCACGUCCUUACUGCUGCUGGAAGCAAGUAGAGAUCAACACUAUUGCAUCAGGUUUUGGUCAUCUAGGGCCCGCCUCCGCAGUGUUGCAGAGAUAUGUGCUCGAGGAACUUGGACAUGGAGAUAAAACAAAGAAUCUUCCUGCGAAUCAUGCUUUAUCAGGUUUGUGUAAUGCAAUGCUUGAAGCUUGGAAAAUAGCUGAAGAUGAAAAUGCUGCUAUUUUGUUCAUUGUUGAAGAUGUAUCUUACAAUAUAUGUGAUCAAAGGUUUCACGAAUUUGAAAUAAGAAGAUUGAAUCCAAAUGUAAGAGUCAUUAGGAAAACUCUCACAGAAGUUUACAAUGAAGGAAAAUUGGGAAGCAAUAAAGAAUUACUAAUUGGUAGUACAAGAGUUAGUGUUGUUUAUUUCCGCGCUGGAUAUGAGCCAGCUCAUUAUCCAACCGAAAAUGAAUGGUCUGCACGAAGUAUGAUUGAAAAAUCUAGAGCUAUUAAGUGUCCAUCCGUUCAAUAUCACUUAGCUGGUACUAAGAAAGUGCAGCAAUCUCUGGCAAAACCUGGCAUUCUAGAUAGAUUUUUAAAUGAUCCUAAUAAGGUAAAAGCUGUGAGUGAGAUUUUUACUGGUCUGUACUCUUUAGAUCUGGAUAAAUUUGGAGAUGAAGCAUAUAAAAUGGCAUUAGCUGAACCUGAACGAUUUGUAUUAAAACCUCAAAGAGAGGGUGGAGGUAACAAUAUUUAUGGAUCUAAAAUAAGAGAUGCUCUCAUGAACAUGGGAAAAACUCCAGAACGAGCAGCUUGGAUUCUCAUGGAACGAAUCACGCCCCCAUUAUCCGAAGGUUAUAUUAUACGACCUGGUGAUCGUGUCCCUCCGCCCCUUGUUAGUCUAAUUAGUGAACUUGGUAUUUUUGGAGCAAUCUUAGGAGAUUCGGAAAAUAUUAUUUAUAACAAACAAGUAGGCCAUAUGUUACGUACUAAAUUAUCUACUGCAGAUGAGGGUGGUGUGGCUGCUGGUUUGGGCGCACUCGACAGCCCUUAUCUUAUAGAUAUCUGAUACAUAAUAUAGAUAAUAAAUGAUAUUUUUGCGGCAUUUAUUGUGGUAAUAAUGUUU